GAUGUGCGGCUACUGGGAGCCGAGCCUCCGCCGCCAGCCGCCUCCCGGGCAGCAGCAGCAGCAGCAGCGGCGGCGGCAGCGGCAGCAGCUCCGGGCCCGGCAGCCGCGGCGGCGGCGGCGCCCCCCCCUCCCGGCCCCCGGUCCGGCCGCCCCGGCCUCGGCUCCCGCGGGGGACACCAUGUACUGGCUGGCGGCGCAGGGAGGCCGGCGCCCGGCGGGGAUGUUGGGUUAACGGCAUGGAGAACAGUCACCCCCCCCACCACCACCACCAGCAGCCCCCGCCGCAGCCCGGCCCUUCGGGCGAGAGGAGGAACCACCAUUGGAGAAGUUACAAGUUGAUGAUUGACCCGGCUCUGAAAAAGGGGCAUCAUAAACUGUACCGCUACGAUGGGCAGCAUUUCAGCCUGGCGAUGUCCAGUAACCGCCCGGUGGAAAUUGUCGAAGAUCCCCGGGUCGUCGGGAUCUGGACCAAAAACAAGGAGCUGGAGCUGUCGGUGCCCAAAUUCAAAAUCGAUGAGUUCUACGUGGGCCCGGUGCCUCCGAAGCAGGUGACAUUUGCCAAGCUGAAUGAUAACAUCCGAGAAAACUUCCUAAGGGAUAUGUGCAAGAAGUAUGGGGAGGUGGAAGAGGUGGAGAUUUUGUACAACCCCAAGACCAAGAAGCACCUCGGCAUUGCCAAGGUGGUCUUUGCCACCGUCCGGGGUGCCAAGGAGGCCGUUCAGCACUUGCACAGCACUUCCGUCAUGGGCAACAUUAUCCACGUGGAGCUGGACACCAAAGGGGAAACCCGAAUGCGGUUCUAUGAACUGUUGGUCACUGGCCGUUACACCCCGCAGACCCUCCCAGUGGGGGAGCUGGAUGCUGUCUCUCCAAUUGUGAAUGAGACCCUGCAGCUGUCAGAUGCCCUGAAGCGCCUCAAGGAUGGAGGCCUGUCUGCAGGCUGUGGCUCUGGCUCCUCCUCUGUCACCCCCAAUAGCGGUGGGACACCUUUUUCCCAGGACACGGCUUACUCCAGCUGCCGCCUGGACACACCCAACUCCUACGGACAGGGCACCCCGCUCACGCCGCGCCUGGGCACCCCCUUCUCACAGGACUCCAGCUACUCCAGCCGCCAGCCCACACCCUCAUACCUCUUCAGCCAGGACCCUACAGUGACCUUCAAGGCCCGGCGCCACGAGAGCAAGUUCACGGACGCCUACAACCGCCGCCACGAACAUCAUUAUGUCCACACCUCUCCCGCGGUCACUGCAGUGGCCGGGGCCACAGCCGCCUUCCGGGGUUCCUCAGACCUCCCAUUUGGAGCAGUCAGCAGCACUGGGGGCAGCAGCGGUCCCCCCUUCAAGGCCCAACCACAGGAUUCGGCCACAUUUGCCCACACUCCACCGCCGGCCCAGGCAACCCCAGCUCCUGGAUUCAAGUCUGCUUUCUCUCCCUAUCAGACCCCAGUGGCCCACUUCCCUCCACCCCCAGAAGAGCCGACUACCACCACCGCCUUCGGGGCCCGUGAUGGCGGGGAGUUCCGGAGGGCACCGGCACCCCCACCCCUGCCACCUGCUGAGCCUCUGGCCAAGGAGAAGCCAGGCACACCCCCUGGCCCACCGCCUCCCGACACCAACAGCAUGGAGCUAGGCGGCCGGCCCACCUUCGGCUGGAGUCCCGAGCCCUGCGACAGCCCCGGCACGCCCACGCUGGAGUCGUCCCCUGCGGGGCCGGAGAAGCCCCACGACAGCCUGGACUCGCGCAUCGAGAUGCUGCUGAAGGAGCAGCGCACCAAGCUGCUCUUCCUGCCGGUGCCCGACUCGGACACUGAGCUGCAGAUGGAGGGCAGCCCCAUCUCCUCCUCCUCCUCCCAGCUCUCCCCGCUGGCCCCCUUCGGCACCAACUCCCAGCCCGGCUUCCGAGGCCCCACGCCCCCCUCCUCGCGCCCCUCCAGCACUGGCCUGGAGGACAUCAGCCCAACGCCUCUGCCAGACUCUGACGAGGAUGAGGAGCUCAACCUGAGCCUUGGGCCUCGGCCUCCACCCGAGCCCGGCCCCCCGGACCCUGCUGGACUUCUGGGCCAGACAGCUGAGGUGGCCUUGGACCUGGUUGGAGACAGAACCCCGACCUCAGAGAAGAUGGAUGAGGGCCAGCAGUCCUCAGGCGAGGACAUGGAGAUCUCGGAUGACGAGAUGCCCUCGGCCCCCAUCACCAGUGCCGACUGCCCCAAGCCUAUGGUGGUGACCCCAGGAGGGGGGGCUGUGGCAGCCCCUUCCGUGCUGGCCCCAACCCUGCCGCUGCCCCCACCACCUGGCUUCCCCCCGCUGCCCCCACCCCCACCACCGCCCCCACCGCAGCCUGGCUUCCCCAUGCCCCCACCUCUGCCCCCACCCCCACCCCCACCACCUCCAGCCCACCCUGCUGUGACAGUGCCCCCACCACCCCUGCCGGCACCACCUGGAGUCCCACCCCCACCCAUCCUGCCGCCACUGCCCCCCUUUCCGCCAGGCCUGUUCCCUGUGAUGCAGGUGGACAUGAGCCACGUGCUGGGUGGCCAGUGGGGCGGCAUGCCCAUGUCCUUCCAGAUGCAAACGCAGGUGCUCAGCCGGCUGAUGACAGGCCAGGGCGCCUGCCCCUACCCGCCCUUCAUGGCCGCCGCGGCUGCUGCUGCCUCAGCCGGGCUCCAGUUUGUCAACCUGCCGCCCUACCGGGGCCCCUUCUCCCUGAGCAACUCCGGCCCAGGCCGCGGGCAGCACUGGCCACCACUGCCCAAGUUUGACCCAUCAGUGCCUCCGCCAGGCUAUGUGCCCCGCCAGGAGGACCCGCACAAGGCCACAGUGGAUGGCGUCCUGCUGGUGGUCCUAAAGGAGCUCAAGGCCAUCAUGAAGCGGGACCUGAACCGCAAGAUGGUAGAAGUGGUGGCUUUCCGGGCCUUCGACGAGUGGUGGGACAAGAAGGAGCGGAUGGCCAAGGGGAGGACGUUGAGGAUCUGUGCAGCCGAGCGGUGCUCUGGAACCUCCUGGGCCUCACUGACCCCCGUGAAGUCAGGCGAGCACAAGGACGAGGAUAGGCCGAAGCCUAAGGACCGCAUUGCCUCGUGCCUACUGGAGUCAUGGGGCAAGGGCGAGGGCCUGGGCUACGAGGGCCUGGGCUUGGGCAUCGGCUUGCGCGGGGCCAUUCGCCUGCCCUCCUUCAAGGUCAAGAGGAAGGAGCCACCAGACACCACCUCGUCUGGCGACCAGAAGCGGCUGCGGCCCUCCACCUCUGUGGAUGAGGAAGAUGAAGAGUCCGAGCGGGAGCGGGACCGGGACAUGGCAGACACCCCCUGUGAGCUUGCCAAGCGGGACCCCAAGAGUGUGGGUGUGCGGCGGCGGCCAGCACGGCCUCUUGAGCUGGACAGCGGUGGGGAGGAGGAUGAGAAGGAAUCCUUGUCGGUGUCCUCAUCUUCAUCGGCGUCCUCAUCCUCGGGCUCCUCAACCACCUCACCCUCAUCCUCGGCCUCUGACAAGGAGGAGGAACAGGAGAGCACUGAGGAGGAAGAGGAGGCGGAAGAGGAAGAGGAGGAGGAGGAGGAAGGCCCCAGGAGCCAGCUGUCCUCCUCCUCGACCUCAUCCACAUCAGAUAAGGAUGAUGAUGAUGACAGCGAUGACCAGGAUGAGUCUGAGAACGAUGACGAAGACACAGCCCUGUCAGAGGCGAGUGAGAAGGACGAAGGGGACUCGGAUGGAGAGGAGACGGUAAGCAUCACAACCUCCAAGGCUGAAGCCACAUCGUCCAGUGAGAGUUCUGAGUCUUCCGAAUUUGAGUCAAGCUCCGAGUCCUCGCCCUCAUCCUCAGAGGAUGAAGAGGAGGUAGUGGCCAGGGAAGAGGAAGAAGAGGAAGAGGAGGACGAGGCAAUGGUGGCAGAUGAGAGCAUGGCUUCUGCAGGCCCCGAGGACUUUGAGCGGGAUGGGGAGGAAGUGACUGUGGCCCCGGGGGCACCGGCAAUGGACUCGUUGGGCAUGGAAGAGGAGGUGAACAUCGAGACUGAGGCUGUGGCCCCUGAGGAGCGGCCCCCCAUCCUGGAUGAGCCCCCCUUGCCUGUGGGUGUUGAAGAGCCAGUGAACUCCAGGGAGCCCCCUGAGGAGCCAGGUGUGAGCCAGGAAGGGGCCAUGUUGCUGUCUCCAGAGCCCCCUGCCACAGAGGUGGAGACCCGACCCCCGUCGUCCCCUGAGCGAGCUCCAGAGCAUGACCUGGAAGUAGAGCCGGAGCCCCCUACGAUGCUCCCCUUGCCCCUGCAGCCACCAUUGCCACCCCCACGACCGCCCCGGCCACCCAGUCCACCGCCGGAGCCUGAGACCACAGACGCCUCACACCCAUCUGUCCCUCCAGAGCCCCCUACCGAGGACCAGCCCCCGCGUACUCCAGGCCUCUGUGGCAGCCUGGCCAAGUCGCAGAGCACAGAGACAGUGCCAGCCACACCAGGCGGGGAGCCCCCGCUAUCAGCGGGCAGCAGUGGCCUGUCCGUGAGCUCUCCUCAAGUGCCCGGCAGCCCUUUCUCCUACCCAGCCCCGUCCCCUGGCUUCAGCAGUGGGGGCCUCCCUCGGACACCUGGCCGGGACUUCAGCUUCACACCCACCUUCCCCGAGCCCAGCAGGCCCCUGCUCCUGCCCGUCUGCCCGCUCCCCGCUGGCCGACGCGACGAGCGCUCUGGACCCCUGGCCUCCCCGGUGCUCCUGGAGACGGGCCUGUCCCUCCCUCUGCCCCUGCCCCUGCCCUUGCCCUUGGCAUUGCCUGCUGUCUUGCGGGCCCAGGCUCGGGCCCCCACCCAGCUGCCACCCCUGCUGCCCGCCCCCCUGGCCCCUUGCCCACCCCCUAUCAAGAGGAAGCCGGGCCGGCCCCGGCGAUCCCCACCGUCUAUGCUCUCCUUGGAUGGGCCCUUGGUCCGGCCGCCAGUGGGGGCCGCCUUUGGAAGGGACCUCCUGCUUCCGCCAGGCCAGCCACAGACUCCUGUCUUCCCCAGCACCCAUGACCCCCGGACGGUGACCCUGGACUUCCGGAACGCAGGGAUCCCAGCCCCUCCACCACCCCUUCCCCCCCAGCCACCCCCACCCCCACCUCCCCCACCUGUAGAGCCCACCAAGCUGCCCUUCAAGGAGCUAGACAACCAGUGGCCCUCCGAGGCCAUCCCUCCAGGCUCCCGUGGGCGUGACGAGGUCACUGAGGAGUACAUGGAGUUGGCCAAGAGUCGGGGGCCAUGGCGCCGGCCGCCUAAGAAGCGCCACGAGGACCUGGUGCCACCUGCAGGCUCGCCUGAGCUCUCGCCACCCCAGCCCCUCUUCCGGCCCCGCUCGGAGUUUGAAGAGAUGACCAUCCUGUAUGACAUCUGGAAUGGUGGCAUUGACGAGGAGGACAUCCGCUUCCUGUGUGUCACCUAUGAGCGACUGCUGCAGCAGGACAACGGCAUGGACUGGCUUAACGACACGCUCUGGGUCUACCACCCCUCCACCAGCCUCUCUUCAGCUAAGAAAAAGAAACGGGAUGAUGGCAUCCGUGAGCAUGUGACGGGCUGUGCCCGCAGCGAGGGCUUCUACACCAUCGACAAGAAAGACAAGCUCAGAUACCUCAACAGCAGCCGUGCCAGCACCGAUGAGCCCCCUGCAGACACCCAGGGCAUGAGCAUCCCAGCGCAGCCCCAUGCCUCCACCCGGGCCGGCUCGGAGCGGCGUUCAGAGCAGCGCCGCCUGCUGUCCUCCUUCACUGGCAGCUGUGACAGUGACCUGCUCAAGUUCAACCAGCUCAAGUUCCGGAAGAAAAAGCUCAAGUUCUGCAAGAGCCACAUUCACGACUGGGGCUUGUUCGCCAUGGAGCCCAUUGCGGCCGAUGAGAUGGUCAUCGAGUACGUGGGCCAGAACAUCCGCCAGGUGAUUGCAGACAUGAGGGAGAAGCGUUAUGAGGACGAGGGCAUCGGGAGCAGCUACAUGUUCCGGGUAGACCACGACACCAUCAUCGACGCCACCAAGUGCGGCAACUUCGCACGCUUCAUCAACCACAGCUGCAACCCCAACUGCUAUGCCAAGGUGAUCACGGUGGAGUCGCAGAAGAAGAUCGUCAUUUACUCGAAGCAGCACAUAAACGUCAACGAGGAGAUCACCUAUGACUAUAAGUUCCCCAUCGAGGACGUCAAGAUCCCCUGCCUCUGCGGCUCCGAGAACUGCCGGGGGACCCUCAACUAGGCCCUGGUGCCAGACUCGAAGGAUGUCAGCCGUAGCCCCGGGAAUCCCGAGCGUGGAGUCCCUGGCCCGGGGCCCGGCCCCCUGCCCACCCCCAUUUCAGGUGCUGUCCUCUACCCAGCGGCCAUUCAGGGCCUGGCGCCCCACACUACCCCCUGGAGCCCCCGGCUCCGGCCCCUCCGCGGGAAAGGGCUUCUCUGUCGUUCAGCCCACGUCUCUCAUUUUUACAAAUGCCCUUUUGAGGAUUUCUGUGUAACUCCAGCAUCAGCUUCUCCCUCUCAGUCUCUCCCCUGCCUCCCUCUCUCUGUCUCUUCUCUCCCCAUUACCCUCGGCCUCUUCCUGUGAAUGCUGCUACGUUGUUUUGUCUUCUCUGUUUUUUUCCUCAUCGUGAGAAAAGACAUUUUAACCGUUGAAAUGUGAAGGUGGAAUCAGAGAGAGGGCCGCCCCCCCCCGGGGGGGCUGCGGUGGCCGUGCGUGGCCCACGUCCUGGAAGCCACCCAGGCCUGGACACGGCCAGGUGCUGUGGAAGGACGGAGGGCCCCUCGGCCUUGACCUCAGAACACUACGCCCUGAAAGCACCCCUCUCUGCCUGUGGGCACAGUGAGGAGACCCCACACCUUUCCCAACCCAAGCCCCAGCCUGUUCCUUCCCCAGAGGCUGGGGCACCACUGACCCUGCGGACCCUGGCGGAGCUAAGCUGAUCGCAGGCAGGGGUCUCUGCUCUGGGCUCUCCCUGCCACCUCACCCCAGCACCCCCGAAACCUUGGGUUCAAUGUUUACUUUCUCAUUCGGAUGCCAGCAAUGAGGGAGCCUCUCAGAGGCCCCGGUGCAGGUGGGGGGCGCUGAGAAGGUGGGCGGCCACUCUCUUCUGCUCUUGCCUUCACCCUGGUGGGAGGGGGGCUCCCAAGGGCAGGCGGGUCCCCCAGUCCCGCCAUUACGGGUUGUCAGACCAUCUGCAUGUGGCAUUUUUUGGCUUAUAAGCUUCACCCAUUCACCCCUCACACACACCCCACAUCCCCCUACCAGCAGCCCCUCACCCCAAGAAGACCAGAGCAUAUUUAUUUUUGGAGGGAGCAGAUUCUCCCAGAGAAAGGAAAAUCUUGGAAAAGAUUUUUAAAAAUCAGAUCUAAGUCUUUCGCAGUUUAUUUUCCCUUUUGACCCCCUUCCCAUCCUCCUCAGAGUUUAUUCCCAUGGAUUUUUUUUUUCUUGUACGUGUAUAAAAUCAAAACGAAGGGGAAAAAGGUUUUUGAAGUUCAGAAUCAACUUCUGUAUAUAGGCUGCCAUAAAGGACUUUCUCUUGGGAACAUUGUUUCUUGUAGAAACAUGCGGGAAGACCUUUUUUGCUCAUUUCUUUGUACUUCCAAAAAAAAAAAAAAAACACAAAAGCAAGCCCCCCCGUACCCCAGAAAGCAGAGGAGGCGUGUAAAUAAUUUCUGGAAAGUGACUGUUGUGACCCGGAGUCCUCAUCGAGUCGAGCGUGCUCCAUGUGGGAGCCGCCCCACCCUGCGGACGCAGGCGGCCGGAGCCUCUGGUAUCUCAGCUUGUGUCAAGCUUGUUAUCAUGUAAAUUCUGUACAAAGAAUUGUUAUUUUUCUCUUUUUUGUCGUUGGUGGUUUUGUUGUGUUUUUUUUUUUAAUUGCUUUCCCCCAGGCCCCCUCUAUUUGAGACUGUGCCCGCUGGUUUCAAGAUCAAGGAAAUUGGUGGUAUUAAGACACAGACGGGGUGCCUGGGCACAGCGGCGAACUUCUCUUCCGUUUGCGGUUUUCUGCCUAAUUGUGCAACUGAGGAAAUAAUUUAUUUUUCACAUGAGGAAAUGCUUAUAGAGAUGGCUGGUUCAAGUUACUUGCACAGCCCCCGAGGGGCUGUCUCCAUUCUGUCCCUUCCCCCAUAAAAGAAGUAGGGGGUGCCAGGAGACCAGGAAAGGGACCCCUGCCUUGCCCCCCACCUGGCCUCACCUUGCCCAACCAUCGUGCCCAGUGUUAACCUUGACUGGCAUUCGCUAAGGGGACUAGGCCUCCCUCUCCCCAGGAGCCCCCGCCCCAGCCCCAGAGUGGUUUGCAAUAAUCAAGAUAUGUGUUGAGUCAUUUUUCUUUCAACUCCUUCAUUUUUCAUUGAACAGAUCUCUGCUUUUGAAGGGUUGGGGGUUUCCGCUAUUUUUGGUUUUCUUUUCUCUCCCUCCCCCUGCAAAGAAGAGAACCAAUAAGUUUUAGGGAUGUUUGUGCGUAUAGACUCCAUCAUCCAUAUGUAACUUGUUUUGAAGAGAAGUGUUUCCGUUGUGAGUGUGUCUUGCUGUAAAUAUUUGUUCAUAUUUUUGUGAAUUCAAUACUAUGUACCAUUGUAUUAUAGUAACUUUUAUAAAGCAAACCAUAAAUAUACUGACUUUUCUUACAGA